CAGUCCGGCCAGGACGGCCACCGUGAAGCACCUGGGUUGAGAGGGAGCAGACACGUGAACGCGCACCGCCUGCCUCCCCAGUCCCCAGCCCGCGCCUCUGCAGAGGUGGGUGAAUGUGGGACCCGGGAGCGGCUCUCACUGCGUGUCGCCCACCAACACCUUCCUCCCCCACCAUCCAUCCCAGCCCCAGUCCCAUCCAGCCCACCUGGGCAAGACAACCCGGGUGCGAAGGACAAGCGAUUAGGAAGAGCUAGAACGCGGAGAAGAGAAGAGAGGGUCCUCCAGGCGAGGCAGGCGCUAUCCCAGAGCCAGGCACGCGGCGCCGCGCAGUGACACAGGUUGAGGACGCUCUUCGUGCCGUCCGAUCUGGCCACCUUUGACCACUAGGACGCUCCCAGUUCGACCUCGGGGGGGCUCCCGAAAUCAUGACCCAGACCCUCUUCCAAAAGGAAGACCCUCUUAAUCUGGGGGGCGGCUGGUCAUCCUCUGCCCACCUAGGCACCUGGUCUUCCUGCCAUCGAAGGCGCAGGGGAGCCCCGGUCCACAAGCAACGCUACAGCCACGGCAGCAAGCCCCGCUAUGAGCCCCCCAGGAAAAAGUCCAAGCAACAGCAUGCCUCAGGCCCUUGGUUCCAGCCACCGCGAAGGCCCUGCUGGUACCCUAACUGGGGGCGCUGCGGGUGGCCCUGGCGCCCCCCUCCGGCGGGAUUCCAGAAGCCCCCCUGCCCGGUGGAAAUGAUGCGGGUGUACGGUCUGCAUCCGCUCUGCCUCUGCUGCUGCUCAUGCUGGUGUGCGCCCUGGAACCCGGGCUGGGCGAGGCCCCCCGGGAGGAAGAAGCGCUGGGGUCGCAGGGGCCGCCUGCGUCGCCCCCCGCGCCGCUCCUGCCCGAGGGGUCCGCCCGUGGAUCUGAGCAUGCUGCUGCGGCCGGUCAACCUGUACGGCUGGCGGGCCCCGGGCAUGAGGGCGCCGCGCAACACCACGCAGUUCAUCAUGAACCAGAUCUACCAGGACAUGCGGCAGCAGGAGAAGCUGGAGCGCCAGCAGAGGGCGCAGAAGGCGCAGCAGGCCCGCGCGGGCUCCUCCAGCGACGACGCGCCCCCCAGCGACAGCGAAGAAAACUCGGUGCUGCCGGAGACCUUUUACAGCUACCUGCAGAAUCCCUCUCUAGUCUUGAGUCCUCUGCCGGUGGAGAAAAAAGAAUCUCCUGCCCCGCAGCUGAUGGGAGAGGAGGAAGAGAUGGGAGAGAUAAAGGAGAAGGGGGAGCAAGAGGGGCAGGAGGAGGAGGAGCAGGAGGAUUACUUGCAGCAGUUUAAUGCAGAGGAGGAGGAGUAUGAAGAGGAGGGAUUUGUUGGAGGGGAAGUGAGCCAGGAGGAGACAGAGGCCGAGGAAGAAGAGGAGGAAGAGGAAGAGGAAGAAGAGGAAGAGGAGGCAGAGGCAAUGGAUGAUUUAGAGGAGGAGGUAAAAGAGGCCAACCAUCAGGAAGAGGGGAAAGAGGAAGAAGACAGGCAGAAGCUAGAACAAGGGCCCGAGGAAGGGCAGAGAGGGGAAGAAAACCAUUUGCUUCUGGAAAUGCCCUUAUCUGCCUUCGUAGGGGCUGAAGAAGAUGGAGGAAAGGACUUUAUAAACUAUGCCUACUUAACCCUGGAUCAGAUGAUUCAGGAUGUGCCUCAGGAACCUCUGUUCAUGAUACCGGACAUUGACCAUUAGCUAUGUCCAAGGGAAUUGAGGAAAGAGAAUUGGUCUGAGAUUGAAAUGGACUAGAGGCUUAUUAAAAUCUGGUUUAAAAGUGAGUUCCACUAAUAAACAUAUCCGUGUAAACUC